AUGGGUCUCUGCAGGCGGCUGCGGCGGCGGCGGCGUCGUCGAGGAUCAGGGCUAGGGCUAGGGCUGGGGCUUGAGCAGGCGGCCGACGGGGAGCCUGCUUUCUGGCAAGCUUCUCGAACCGCCGGCCGCCCGGCCUGGUCCCUGCGCCCACUAAAGCCAGUAACUGUCGCUGGCGUGGUAACAGGCGUCGUGGCCGCCAAUGUUGACGUUACCACGUCCCCGUGGCCGCCGCCACCACCAGCGUCCGCCCCAGAUCUGGUCGGCUCCCAGCGUGCCAGUGUCUCACCCGUCGCAGGGCGUGACGCCAAGAGGUUGCCGUUGCCAUUGGCGUUUGCACUGGCACUGUCCUGUGCCAAUUUGCCGGCGUCGCUGCCCUUCAUCCUCUACCUCCAACAGCGCGCGCGCAUGUGUCCCCGGACGAGCUGCACGCACGGGGUCCCCAGCUGGCAGGCGGCGCCGAAGACGACGUCGCCUAGUCCGGGGCUCAUGCUACCCAGCGACGCGCGCCAAACGGGGCCGCUGCCUAUUUGCUGCUGCCCAUUUCCUACGUCCUAG